GGCCCGACGAUGUCGAAACAAGCAUAGCGACACCCGCUCAGUAGCGCAUCUUGAUGGUAGCCAUGAUCUCAAGGAAUUCCGUGGAAGACCGCAGCGGGUCCGGGGUUGAACUGCUGGCAGUUACCGCAAACCAAACAACGACACCACCCUCGCCCAAUCCCUCGAUCGAAGAUAACACACCCCUGGUAGACGCCAUAGACGACACAAGGAGUGUGUCCAGUUUCAGGGCAGCACGUUUCGCCGACGGAGACCUCUUAUCAGGAUGGUUUCCCCAAAUCGAACGCGACGAGAACAGCAGUUGGAGCAUGUGGUUGUCGAAGAGAAGCCGUGCGCUCAUGAUCAAGAUUGGCAUCAUCAGUACCAUCUUCAUCACGAACCUCGUUGUGACAAUAUUCGCCUACUCGAGUUACGGCAGCAAGAAAGGAGUGGGACUUAUCUACCAUGGCGACUGCUCGACGGUAAAACAACUUGAUCAAUGGAUACAUCUGCUCAUCAACCUUCUGGGCACGGGGAUGCUGUCUGCUUCCAACUUCUGCAUGCAGCUGCAAGCCGCUCCUACUCGCGAAAAAGUCGAUGCUGCGCACGAAAAGGGCAAAUGGCUAGAUAUUGGCGUACCCAGUCUUCGCAAUCUGAGGUACCUCGAUAACUGGCAGCGAGCUUCUUGGGCAUUGCUAGCCCUCACCUCUAUACCAAUACAUCUAAUUUAUAACUCGGCAGUUUUCCAGUCGCUAUCGUCGCACAACUACACAGUGGCAGUCGUCAAAGACUCUUUUCUGAACGGUAGCUCUUGGAACCUUGAAACAGCUGAACGCAAUCGUGCUGGAGACUGGGGGUGGAACGAUACUCGCGUUAACCCACUGAACCUGGAUUACGAAAAGGUCAUCCAAGACAUGCAGCACGCUGCGUCAACGUACGAAAAACUGAAUAUUUCUGCUUGCUUCGACCUCUACGACGAUUAUUGGAAGCCUCAAGGAAAUGCAAUAAUACUGGUUAGGAACGAGUCGGUUCAGAUCACGCCGGAUGACAGCCUGCUGAUGUAUGUCUCCAUCGUCCCACGUUUGGACGACUGGGCGAAGAACAUGUGGGCGCUCGGAAAUGGCAGCGGUGUUUUUCUGGCCAAGUCGCCGCCGAAACCUGUGACGAAAUGGCUCCUUGGGCCCAAACUAUACGAGGUUUCUCGGUGUCUUGUCCAACCACCGGCCAGUCUUAGCACAAAGUGCCGGUUCGAAUAUUCGCCACCGAUCAUGUUCACGAUUAUCCUCAUGAAUUUGAUCAAAGUCAUCACCAUACUAUCAAUAUGGAUAGCUAGGAGAAGCCAAGUGCAAAAACAGCAGGAUAAGGCUCAGGAAGUGUUAUAUACUCUAGGUGAUUCAAUUGCUUCCUUCAUGAGGGAACCCUGCAAGCAGACCAUUGACAUGGGCCUCGCGACAAAGUACGACUUUCUGGCUACAAGUAGCUUGUUCAGGAGGCGCCCUCCACACGGUGCCCGAGUUCCACCGGCGCCUCGUACCUUCAAGACCGAGCCUAAGCAGUGGAGAUCGGCGGCGGGUCUCCUACAAUGGGCACUACUACUUUUGAUGUGUUUGAUUAUGGUCAUUGUUCCAGCCGCCCUCCUUUUCCGGUCAUUUGCCAGUUUACGGCUUCGAGAAAUGAAAUUCAGCAUCCCAGAGCUGUGGAAGCUCGGCUUUGGAGAGUUGACGCCUGUUACCUAUAUAAACAUCAACAUGCCGCGCACGGAUCCGGUAGGCCUUAUCGCCAACGUUAUCCUGGUUAAUAUGCCUCAACUGGUUCUCUCGGUACUAUAUGUUCUCUACAACACUAUGCUGAGUACCUUUCUGGUACAAAGAGAAUUCAGCCGACUGUGUGAAUACAGAUACCGAAAGCCCCUGCGGGUUUCAGAGCCCGUAGGCAUUCAGCGAUCGAGUUAUUCCAUCUCGCUCCCUCUGAGAUAUGGAAUUCCCUUGUCCGCCAGCUCGGCCUUGCUGCACUGGUUGGUCUCGCAGAGUAUCUUCCUGGCACGAAUACGAGCGGUCCUACCGGACGGGCGUGAUGAUGAAAUCAACUCAUUCUCCACCUGCGGCUAUAGUCCAAUUGCGCUCUUCUUCACGAUGAUUGCUGGAAUUGUCCUUGCCCUCGUCAUAGUUGGUCUUGGACUUCGUCGUUAUGAUGGCACAAUGAGAAUGGUGUCGACGAACAGCUUAGCUAUCAGUGCCGCAUGCCACGUGUUGCCAGAAGACCGCAAAUAUGGAUAUAUGCUUCCUAUCCAGUGGGGCGUUGUGGAGAUGAAGGGCGGCGUGGGUAAAUGUGCCAUGACGACAGCCGCAGCAGGAACUAUAAAAUUGCCAAAGUUUGGGUUACGAUACAGGUAAUGAUGUAGAG